AAAAAAACUAUAUAAACCAACUUUAGUAGAUUUGAUUAAACUUGCUAAUUGUCAACCACACAUAAUAGCUGGUAAAUAUUUCUGAAAUGAGCUUUCCUGCAAACACACACGUCCUUAUUCCUAAAGCUUCUCUCAAAUCUGGUGAAGGAAAGAAGGUUCUUAAUCUACUGAACGAUGUGAGUACGCAUGUUAGUCAAAGCGAACCUUUUACUUCAUGCUACUAUUUUGCUUACGAUGCCGCCAACCCAGAUUCCGUUUGGGGCAUCGAAAUUUAUGAUAACAAGGACGCCUUAGAAAGUAAGCAUGCGGUUUCACCACCAUUUCUCAAGUUUGCUGGUUAUCUUAGCUCAGAGCAAUCACCAAUGGUUGAACCUCUUCAAAAGUGUAACUUCCAAAUUGUCGAAGGCUUCUUGAACAAAAACGGUGCUCCCGAAUCUGCUGAUGAUUACCUCGUUUAUACUGAAUACAAAGCUUCUGGUAAUCCCGACGAAUUGAAGAAACAGCUUACAGUCGAUCAAGAUGCUGAUACCAGUCUCAUUCUUCACUCUUUGGACGACUCUUUGCUCUUUGCUACAGUGACUAGAUAUGCCAAUGGCCGUAAGCAACCCGAACCUAUUCAAGUCCCUGGUGCUACCGCUACCAUUCAGCAUUUAAAAUACGCUAAUGUGGGAUUUUUGGCUCGUAACUAAGUAUGCCUGAAAUACUCUACUAUUUGAUAAGACCAAUAUAAUGAAUGUUGUUGUGCUGAAUAUGAAUCUUCAUUUCAAGGUAUUCUUUAACAAAGUACCUAUUAUUAUUGAUAAAAUAAC